ACGGUUUGGCAGGAUUUGAGCGGGGCUCUCCGGAGCCGCUCAGCUGCAUGCAAGAGGCUGGGCUGCAGGGCUCUUGGCCGCAGUUAGAGGGCAUGUCCGGAAAGAAUAACCUUCGCUUCUUCAAAAACGAAACUAAGCCUUGUUUAUCUGGAGGGUGGGGAAAACCCUUAACUUCUGCAAAACUAGAUUCACACAUUAACUAUAUGAGGCUGCAAGACGUGGCCGAACAUGCAAACACAUUGUAAAUAUUGUCCAAAGGUUAGCCAAUUUAUGGCUUAGGCCUCAGUAAAACAGAAUGCUGGGCAAGUGUUGAUUCUGAAUUUUCUUUUUAGCGUUUUACACUAGUCUUAACAUAGCUACAGAACUUGAAUGCUAAAGUUCAUGGUCGUGGGUGGGUGUCCUGAAUCUUGAUUGGAAUAUUAACAAUCUGCAGUUUCUGGUAGCUUUUGAGGAGCACAUUUUCUUUGCUGUUCUAGUGUUUCAAACGUCAUUUUUAAAUUAAUAGCAAAAUAAAUGCCAAACUUUGAAAAAUUUCUAAAAUGCAAGCUGCUGCUUAAACUAGAUACCAUAAUAUAAAUCUCCAGACUCCUCCUCUUAAGCAGUACUGUUCAUAAAUACAAUACCAUUACAUUGCUUUAUUGCCAAAUGCAGAAAAGAUGAGUAGGUUGGUUGAAGAGGAAAUAUAAUAAAAUGUCUCGAGAAACCACAAAUAACUCCUCUAAAAUGUAAUGAGUCUAAAGCAUUUGAGAUGGUGUAAACUUUCCACGGGGUUAUAUUAAUCUUAGAUCAAAAGAAGCUGAGGACUUCCAGUGGGAUUUAGUUCUUUGGGAAUGGCGUUCAUUAGCAUUUACUGUUGGCAUUAAGCCACCUGAAUAAAUUAAUGCUCUUCAGUUUGUGCAUUACUUGGGAAACAGUAUUUUAGAUAAUUUUUUUAACUCCUGGUGCAGAACCUUGGAGGAGAAUUCUGUUAAUCUGAACUAUUGAAGCUAGUUUGUUAAUUCAAAGGGGCCAUUGAGUUAAAUAGCUGGACUUUUUUGUAACCAAUAAUGCAAAGGAGUGACAGUUUCAUAAUUGUUCUAAGUUGUCUAGCCUGUUCAGUGAGUCCAAAAGAGGUGGAAAAGAAACUGGUUUGGUGGCUAGUGUCUUGUCAUUCUAAAUCCAUUGAGCAGGAGGAUACUGAGACUUGGCUAAUAGGUGUUUUCCCAAAGCUUAAGGGUGCAGUGUCGGGAACUUUCAUUUUAGAUCCCUGUCCCAAAAAGGAUUUAAUUUGAACUAAAAUAGCUCACGCAAAUAGAAUUGUGUAUUAAAGCUUCCAAAUUUAAUGCCUGUAGUGAGAUAAUGGCUUGCCCAUUUUCCUUGUAUUCCAUUUGUGAUGAAGGUGUUAUAAUACAUGUCUGGCCUUAAGGCAGAUCUAUCUUGUGGUGUUUGAACUGCCUGUUGUAUUGUGCUGCAGUCACUAGACAAGUGAGUUUUUGUAGUCUCAGUGUAUUCUCUUCUGCUAAUCUUUCACUUCAGGGAUGCUUCGGAAACUAGACAUCAAGAAUGAGGAGGAUCUCAAGUCAGUGUCAUCAGUUGCAACCCAUGUUUUCAGUGAUGGAAUAACAAACUGGGGUAGAAUUGUAACACUCAUCUCUUUUGGUGCCUUUGUUGCAAAACACCUGAAGAGCAUAAACCAGGAGAAUUGCAUCAACACGCUAGCAGGGAUCAUCACAGAUGUGCUUGUCUCAGACAAACGAGAUUGGCUAGUUAACCAAAGAGGCUGGGAGGGAUUUGUUGAAUUCUUCCGUGUAGAGGAUCUAGAAGGUAGCAUCAGGAAUGUUCUGGUGGCUUUUGCAGGCUUUGCUGGACUGGGUGCAAGCUUGGCGUACAUGAUGCGAUGAGCCAUGGAGUGACUCUAAACUGAAUUCUGGGUGGACUAGCUCUUCUUGGCAUCUAGAGUUAGCCAACUGCACAAUUCCAGCUGUGAAAGAAUACCUGACGCUGUACUUCAUGGGAACAUAGAGAAUAACACCUGGGAAUCCCAGUGAGUGACUUUCCCCUCCCCCAUAGAGGAUAGUGCGGUGCAGUCUGAAUGAGGGUACCAACAAGAGGAUUUUUGACUGAACAGAAAAUGAAGCAAGUAGUACUCUGCUUCCUUGAAGAGCCUCGUGAAAGGAUGCCAAGAGUACUAUUUCCAAGUGAAGCCUUGUCACUAAGGGGAACCGCUCCUGUUCUGCAAGUCAACCAAAGCACCAAUGGCUCUUACUCCGGACUACCUAGAGGCUUUUAUUAGGUUUGGAAUGAUGGUUGUAUACAGAAGGGGUUUCAUUUCCUUAGCACAGAGUUGUGAUCAUAGCUCACUGGAAAUGUGGAUUAGGGUCCUGUGGACCUGUUGGGUCUCCUGAGUUUGUGGCUUGUGUUUUGAGUUAGAAGUGCAAAAAGAGAACCACCUACUGGUAUUAGACACACCAGUUAUGAGUGGAACUGUUGCUGAAACGCCUACAUUCCAUCAGCAGUACAAAGGGGUACAGUCAUCUUGAAGGCUAGAUGACUAGCUACAGCCAGAUUAAGCAACUUUAAUGGGCUGCUUGGAGAGCUGCUUAGGCCAUUAUAUGCCCCCCUCUGUUACACUGCUGUGACUCCCAAGAACACAUGCAGCUAUAAAGACAGGGAGCACAGUUGUAAGUAUGUACAAACUUCACAGGGGGUGGGGAGGCUGUACAGAGAACUUUGUAAAUGUCUACAAAACUGUAAAAUAUGUACAUUUUUACAGAGAUUAUCGUUGAGAGGUGGCUUGAGUGAGUCAAAUCACUUUAUUGAAAUACUAUUCUUUAGUCCCAUUGAAUCCAGCAUUUUGUUUGCUUUACUUUUAUCUGGACUUCCACAAAGUGUCUCUUCUGUAUGUGCUCUAGUAAAACUGCUAGGCUUCUCUGGCCAAGAUCAGCAACAUGACUGAUUGCUGUUUCCCAUGACUUGCUAGCAACAGCACAAGUUUUUUAGUUUGUUUUAAUCUUUGGUUUAUUUUUGACUCUUCUGUAAUGGAUGGGUGGGUGUUUGGGAAACCACUGUUGGCUGUUUUCUAGUCACAUUUUAUCUUGACCUAUUUUUUUAAGCCUUGAUACAUUCAAAUAUUAGCUUGAUUUUUGAAAUGACCUUCUCUCAAACGAAAUAAAACUAAAUUGGAUUGAAUCUCUAGUUAGCACCAUGAAUCCAUUAAUUUAAUGUGUUUUUGGUUCAAUCCUUCAGUAGCUAUUUCUAAACAUCCAGCUUGAACAUGCUUGCAGGGUGUAAUGUAGUAUUCAUUUUUUGAAUCAAUAAGCUAGCUGAUCCCCUCUGUAUGCAAAAUAGUUUCAUAUUAAAUUUGAUUUGCAGCAUAAUUAGGUUAGUCUUCACUGUACUCUUAAUCUUGCUCAGACUGAAUUAGGGUUGAAGUGGAAGCUAAUGUAAAACAAAGUCUGGUUUAAACAUGGUGCUAUUGUCAGGCCUGCUUGUUUACACAAUAAAUAAGCAUCCCUACUUUUGUCA